AUGAGCGUGGGCUGCCCAGAGCCUGAGCCACCCCGCUCCCUGCCCUGCUGUGGGCCGGGGACUGCCCCUGGGCUGGGUGCAGGGGUGCCCCUCCUCACUGAAGACAUGCAGGCACUGACGCUCCGCACCCUGGCUGCCAGCGAUGUCACCAAGCACUACGAACUCGUCCGGGAGCUAGGCAAGGGCACCUAUGGGAAGGUGGACCUCGUGGCCUACAAGGGCACAGGCACGAAAAUGGCGCUGAAGUUUGUGAACAAGAGCAAGACCAAGCUGAAGAACUUCCUGCGGGAGGUGAGCAUCACCAACAGCCUCUCCUCCAGCCCCUUCAUCAUCAAGGUCUUUGACGUGGUUUUUGAGACGGAGGACUGCUACGUGUUCGCCCAAGAGUAUGCGCCUGCAGGGGACCUGUUCGACAUCAUUCCCCCUCAGGUGGGGCUCCCCGAGGACACGGUGAAGCGCUGCGUGCAGCAGCUGGGCCUGGCGCUGGACUUCAUGCACGGGCGGCAGCUGGUGCACCGCGACAUCAAGCCCGAGAACGUGCUGCUGUUCGACCGCGAGUGCCGCCGCGUGAAGCUGGCCGACUUCGGCAUGACGCGCCGCGUGGGCUGCCGCGUGAAGCGGGUCAGCGGCACCAUCCCGUACACGGCGCCCGAGGUGUGCCAGGCGGGCCGCGCCGACGGCUUCGCGGUGGACACGGGCGUGGACGUGUGGGCCUUCGGCGUGCUCAUCUUCUGCGUGCUCACCGGCAACUUCCCGUGGGAGGCGGCGUCGGGCGCCGACGCCUUCUUUGAGGAGUUCGUGCGCUGGCAGCGGGGCCGCCUGCCGGGGCUGCCGUCGCAGUGGCGCCGCUUCACCGAGCCCGCGCUGCGCAUGUUCCAGCGCCUGCUGGCCCUGGAGCCCGAGCGCCGCGGGCCGGCCAAGGAGGUCUUCCGCUUCCUCAAGCACGAGCUCACGUCCGAGCUGCGGCGCCGGCCCUCGCACCGCGCGCGCAAGCCCGCCGGGGACCGCCCGCCCGCCGCCGGGCCGCUGCGCCUCGAGGCGCCCGGGCCGCUCAAGCGGACGGUGCUGACCGAGAGCGGCAGCGGCUCCCGGCCCGCGCCCCCUGCCGUCGGGCCCGCGCCUGCGCCCGCGCCCGCGCCGGUGCCGGUGCCCGUGCCCGUGCCCGUGCCCGAGGCCGGCCUGGCGCCCCCGGGGCCCCCCGGCAGGACCGACGGCCGCCCGGACAAGAGCAAAGGGCAGGUGGUGCUGGCCACGGCCAUUGAGAUCUGCGUCUGA